AUGGACGAUCCCGGCAAUCUCACAUUUCCUGAAUCGUUAUAUGAUAUUAAUAGAGUAAGCUUUUAUAGAAGCUACUUGAAGGAAUUGAAAAGAGCUAUGGAUGAUGGAGCUAAUGUUACUGGCUACUUUGCUUGGUCAAUUCUAGACAAUUUUGAAUGGUUAUUAGGAUAUACCUCAAGAUUUGGUCUGGCCCACUCCGAAUGGUUAUAUGAAGUUCCAUGGGCUAUGUACAAAGCAGUAACGUAUGUAAAAAAACAUUAUGGAAGCCCUAAUAUAAUUCUCUCCGAAAAUGGAAUGGAUGAUCUCGGUAAUCUCACAUUUCCUGAAUCGUUAUAUGAUAUUAAUAGAGUAAACUUUUAUAGAAGCUAUUUGAAGGAAUUGAAAAGAGCUAUAAAUGAUGGAGCUAAUGUUACCGGCUACUUUGCUUGGUCAAUUCUAGACAAUUUUGAAUGGUUAUUAGGAUAUACCUCAAGAUUUGGUCUGGUGUAUGUUGAUUGCAAUGAUCUCAAAAGAUAUCCCAAGCUCUCGGCAUAUUGGUUCAAGCAAAUGCUCGAAAGAAAGGAUUCUUAG